UACUAAACGGAAGGGGCCGGGAGAGGCCGCGUUCAGUCGGAGCCAGGCAGCUGCCGCGGCGUCUCUCUCGUCUCCUCGGCCUCCGCUUUUGCCAUCUUCCUCUCGCUUCCGGAAACAUGGCUUCUGGAGUGGCGGUGUCGGACGGCGUCAUCAAGGUGUUCAACGACAUGAAGGUGCGCAAGUCGUCGACGCCCGAGGAGGUGAAGAAGCGCAAGAAGGCGGUGCUGUUCUGCCUGAGCGAGGACAAGAAGAACAUCAUUCUGGAGGAGGGCAAGGAGAUCCUGGUGGGCGACGUGGGCCAGACCGUGGACGACCCCUACGCCACCUUCGUCAAGAUGCUGCCGGACAAGGACUGCCGCUACGCGCUGUACGACGCCACCUACGAGACCAAGGAGAGCAAGAAGGAGGACCUGGUGUUCAUCUUCUGGGCCCCGGAGUGCGCGCCCCUCAAGAGCAAAAUGAUCUACGCCAGCUCCAAGGACGCCAUCAAGAAGAAGCUGACAGGGAUCAAGCACGAGUUACAAGCCAACUGCUACGAGGAGGUCAAGGACCGCUGCACCCUGGCCGAAAAACUGGGGGGCAGUGCGGUCAUCUCUCUGGAGGGCAAGCCCUUGUGAGCCCCCCAGCCCUGCCCAGUGUCUCACAGCCCCGUGUCUGCCCUUGGGGGUUGCAGGCUGCCCCCUCCCUGCCAGACCGGAGGGGCUGGGGGAACCAGCAGGGGGAGGGCAGUCCCUUUGCCCCAGUUGCCAAACAACCCGCUCUCCCCCUCUUCUCCCCUGCAGCCCUGAUGGCUCUGGCCCCCACAAACCGCUUCCGAUCUGAUUCCUUUUGGGUUGAAUAGACCAAUCUCCCUCCCCCAGGCGCCCAUGUUUGGGGGGCAGUCCUGUAUUUUUUUUAACGAUAACCUGCUCCCGUCCCUUCCCGUGCUGCCAACUUCUAACCACAGUAGUGACUCCGUGCUUGUUCGUUUAGUUCUGUGUGUAAAUGGAAUGUUG